AUGACGCUCCAUCGAGUAGCUAUCUCUCUCUAUCGCGGUAUCUCUGCUCUCUCUCUCUCUCUCAUCUCUCUCUAUCUCUCUCUAUCUUCUAUCUCUCUUCCCCCCCCGCCUCCCUCUCCAGCUCUGGUAAGAGGGUUCACCCUGUACUCUCUGGCAGUGCAGCAGCUGUCCAAACAGGACCACUAUGACUUUGGCCUGCGUGCCCUGACCUCACUGCUCCGCUACGCUGGCAAGAAGAGACGUGUCUGCCCCGACGUGGCGGACGAGGAGGUACAGUGACACUACUCACUUGAACUGACCAGGUUAUACAGUAGUAAACAGCACUGCAAUUGACGCAGGAGUAUACAAGCUAUAACUAACGCUACGUUCCAGGAUUGGGUUCAAUUACAUUCCAUUUGAGUCAAUUUCUAGAGAGAGAAAAUAGUAUUCAAGAGACAGAGCGGUGGUAAUGGUAGGGUGUGGUGGUUAGCAGACAGACAGACAGACAGACAGACAGACAGACAGACAGACAGACAGACAGACAGACAGACAGACAGACAGAAAUACGUCAGAAAGAAAGAAAUUCCCCUUUGAAUAAAUUGGCCAAUGGCUCUUUUCAAUUAAUCUCCUGAAUAGACUGAAUUGACCUGUAAUUAAAUCCAUCUGACCUCAGUGUGUGUGUGUGUGUUUGUGUGUGUGGGUUUGUAUGUGUUUGUGAGUGUGUGUGUGUGUGUGUGUGUGUGUGUGUGUGUGUGUGUGUGUGUGUGUGUGUGUGUGUGUGUGUUUGCGUGCUCUCUCAGAGUGUGGGAGCAGAGAGCUGCAGAGAGACAGAGAAUGCAGAUGAGAGUUUUGACACCAUAAAAAUAUGUGCCUGACACCCCAAAGGGAACCUGGCACUGUGAUAAAACAUUUAUCAAAGAGGACAAAAACUUGAAAAGGAUUCAUCUUUUACCUGAUAGCGAGCUUCAGUCGUUCUUCUGUGCUUUUGUAUAAAUUCACAGUUCCUCGCAUUUGUUAAGUUUCUGUUGAUGUUGUAAAAGUUAAAAGUGAAUGUAAAAGUUAAAUCGGUGGUGAUUGAACGAGAACAUUGUGUACAGUUGUAUUUAAAGUAAACUCAUGUUAAAGACAGAAAACUAUACCUCGCUGUGGCUCAAACAGGAUGUGAUGUCACCCCCAACCUCUUACCCCUGAUCAGAUCCUGCUGAUGUCUAUGAAAGACAUGAACAUCGCCAAGCUGGCCUCAGUCGACCUGCCGCUGUUCAACGGCAUCAUCCAGGACCUCUUCCCCGCGGUGGAGACCCCUACCAUCGACUACGGAAAGGUACCACACAUACACACCACACACACACACACACACCUCCCCGCAAUGGAAAUCCCCACCAUUAGGGAAAAAUAAAGUGGCUUCCCAGUUUCCCAGUUGAGCUGAAAAUGAUUAUAGUCAAUGGAGCCUGUCAAAGCAGAUAAUCCAUUAACUAGAGGACGAGGGUCGGAGAAGCCUCACAUUCUAAUGAAUGAGUCUCUGAGAACUAAAAGUUCAUCCGCUUCAGGUCACGGACACUCACUGUGCUUUUGUCUGAUGAUGGGACCAACAGACACGUCAGCGGUCUGAUGAACUCAUGGUGGGACUGAGAAGCUGAGGAGAGGGGAACGAAACACUUCUGGAGAGAGGACUGUAGCUAUCACUCCAUCCACCCAUCCUUCCAUCUCUCUACUCCCCCCUCCCCUCUCUCUCUCUCUUUCUCUCUCCCUCUCUCUUUCCACACGACUGCCGUCUCUAAAAUGUGCCAUCUGUUUUUACACUACCGAGACGUGAGUGAGCCAAGAUGAAAAAUGCCGCAUCACAUCUGCAUAAAUAAUUCAUUGUGUUGAGCUGCUCCACUCUGCAUCGGCUCUGCAUGUUGUGGAGGGAGAGAGAGAGAGAGCUAGGAGGAUAUUUAUUCAUUAAGCUGUUUAUUUGGCCUGCUUAUAAACGGUCUCUCCCAGUCCCACUGGUACAAGUGCAGUAAUAGGGAGGGGGGGGGGAUACUCUAUAGGGGUUACAUUGUUGCAUUGUAACUACACUGAAUGCUUGCAUUGGUCAGCAUAGGCCAGAUGUAUAAAUCAGACCCUCUGACUGCUCUGUACCAGAUGCCCCCAGGGCAGACCUGGCCUCAGCAAGUAGCCCUUAAUACUGUUUCACUAACUCCGUCCAUCCGUCCCUCUGUAUCGGCUUCACUCACUCUAUCUCUCCAUCCAUCCCUUCCUCUCCUCCCCCUCUCCCCGAAGCUGAGAGAGACGAUCGAGGCGGAGCUGCGUCAGGCCUGUCUCCAGGUGACCCCCUUCACCGUGACCAAGGUCAUCCAGCUGUACGAGACCAAGAACUCCAGACACUCCACCAUGAUCGUGGGCAAGACGGGCAGCGGCAAGACGGUCACCUGGAGGACCCUGCAGAGCACCCUGACAACGAUGCACCGCAAGGGAGAGCCCGGGUUCAACCUGGUCCGGGUACGUCUGUCUGUCUAACUGUCUGUUCCCUCUGUUUGUCUGUCAGACCACCCUGCACCGCAAAGAGGAGCCCAGGUUCAACCUGGUCCGGCACGUCUGUCUCUCUUGUCCCUCUCUCUUUCUGUGUGUCUGUCUGGUCCCUCUCUCUGGUCCGUCUGUCUGUCUCUCUGGUCCGUCUGUCUGGUCCCUCUCUCUGGUCCGUCGGUCCGUCUGUCUGGUCCCUCUCUCUGGUCCGUCGGUCUGUCUGUCUGGUCCUCUGUUGGCUUUCUGACUCUGGCCCUGCACCAAGACUACAAUACAGUGCAAUAGGGUCCAUUUCUCUAUCUACCUGUUUGUCUAUUUGUAUUUGCCUCUAUGUAUACACUGCAAUAGGCCCAAUGUUCUGUCUGUCUGUCUGUCUUUUGACUUCUCUGACCCUACAUCAGGAGCACCGUAACGUCUAUAUUAGGCCCAUCUCUCUCAGUCUGUAUGUAUGUUUUUCCCACUCCGUCAAACCAUUCCACAUCUCCUGUUCCCAUUUCACAUCAAGCGUCUCUCCCAGAGGAGCCCUUCCAACAAAUGAUCCAUUAUAGAAGCCAUUAUCACACCCUCAGUAUUACUGCUGUAGAAUAUCUCACACCUAUCAGCACGCUCCGUAAACAUCAUAUACAUUUCUUCCCCACCUCCCACCAUCCCCACGUCUCAUUGGUCUAUUGGCCCAUCCUGCGCUAGGCACUAAGCCCCUCUCUCUCUCUACUCAGCCUGGCUUCCCAUGGGUCCCCUGGGCUCCCAGACGGCCUAUCCUGUCUAAUUGAGUGUAUCUCAUGAUCUUCAGAGGGUAGAGUAAUCAUUUUAAGGGCGUUCUGAAAGAGAGGGAGUUAGAGAGGGAGUAGGAGAGGCAGACGGGUGGGUAGAUGUGUUCAACGGAGCCGAUGGGCUGAGUGGAGAGACGGAUUAAGUCACCAAACCGAAUCAUCUCUUCGAGUCUGAGAGGAGAGAAAGAGGAGAGGAGAGGAAGGAAAUUCUCCUUCCCCUCCUCCACCUCCUCCCCCUCCUCCUCCUCCUCCUCGUCCUCAUCUUCUCACAGGAUGUUGGGCGUACUUUGCACGUCUGCUCUCCUGCUCUCUCUGUCCAACUAUUUUAGUUGGUUUCUUUUACUCUCUCUCUAUCUCUCUCUCCCUCUCCCUCUCCCUCUCCCUCUUCCCUCUCCUUCCUCUCCCUCUCCCUCGGGGUUCCCUCUCCCUCUCCCUCUCCAUCUCUCUCUCUCUCUCUCUCCCUCUCUCUGUGUCCCUGUCUGUCUCAUUAGUAUGACAGUAGCAUGCGUUUAUCCGGCGUCAUUACAACGCUCUGUUGUGCCCUGAGCUCAGAGACAAUCCAGUCACUCAAAGAUAUACUUCACUGCAGAAGAGUACCCUCACCACCCAUAUUAAAGACUCUCUGCAGCUCUCUGCUCCCACACUCAGAGAGACACACACCACACACACACACUGUCGUUGACUAACGCUUGGCUGGGAAACACACACAACAGGGGCCACAGGGGGCAAGCCUCGCCACGCUCACCCCGCCGCUCAAACCCGCCGCUCCAAUCCGCCGCUCGCACCGCUCCAAACGCCCGCCUCGGCUCAACGCGCGCUUCCAAGCCGGCUCCACCGCUCAAUGCAAGAAGAGGCAGAGAAGAGAGAGAGAGAGUUGA